UCCGAUGUGUGGUCGUCAGUUGGGGCGUGUUGAAGAGCUCCUCCUACCAGCUGAGUUAGUGGAAGUCACGCAAGCCUCCCCAAAUAUCCUGCGGUCAACUUUACAAAGCUUGCUGCGUUACAGUUGACAGAAGAUGAAUUUUGUCAAAGCGAUUAUUGGAGGCAUCAUUGAUGCUGCUGGCAACAUCGACCCAAACCAGUUUGUGCCUUCUCAACCCCCUCCACCACGCAUGCCAGUUACGUAUGCAGCACAAAAUGAGAGUGAAGAAGAAAAGCAGUUCCGCAGAGUUUUCCAACAGAUUGCUGGAGAUGAUAUGGAAGUGAGCCCAAACGAGCUGAUGAACAUCCUGAACAGAAUCAUUGCAAAGCAUCAUGAUCUGAAGACAGAUGGUUUCAGCAUUGAGUCUUGCAGGAGCAUGGUGGCAGUCAUGGAUUCUGACAGCACUGGAAAACUUGGCUUUCAUGAAUUCAAACACCUCUGGGACAAUAUAAAAAGAUGGCAGGGAGUGUACAAGGCCCACGACUCCGAUCACUCCGGUGUCAUUGGAGCAAAUGAGCUGCCUGAGGCUUUCAGAGCUGCUGGCUUCCCUCUCAGUGGUCAGCUGUACCAGAUGAUCAUUCGCAGAUACAGCGAUGAAAGUGGAAACAUGGAUUUUGACAACUACAUUGGCUGUCUCGUAAGGCUGGAUGCAAUGUGCCGUGCCUUCAAAACCUUGGAUAAGGAUAACAACGGGACCAUCAAAGUUAAUGUUCAAGAGUGGCUCCAGCUCACCAUGUACUCUUAAGUCCAGAUCAUGUUUCUCCGGCUUGUUUCAUGGAACCACUUUGUUUAUAUACACAAUUCGAGAUAUUUUAAUCAUCAUCCCAAUAACUUCCUGUGUUAGCAAAUCCCUUGUGUGUGCAGGCUUAUUUUCACAAUUGCAUGUUAAUGGAAACAUGUGGUAUUCUUCACAGCUCUUAAAACUUACACGAAAGAUUGGAGAACACUGUUAACAAAGCUGCAUGCAGAAUGCUGCCGUAGCUGACGAUGAUCAAAGGUGAAUGCUAAUAAACGCUUUGGACAGCUGUGAAAUCACAUAGUUGUGUAAAAGUGAUAGUAUGUUGAAUUGCUGCCAUUUUUUGGCAUUUUCUUUUGAUCUUCCUCACACCCCAAAUUUCUAAAUGGCACAAGAAGAUCCUGCUUCUGCCGCCCUGGGAUUUGUUAUUUAAAAUCUAAUGUGAAAGCAGUAUUGCUCUUUGUCUGGGGCUGAUUUGACAAUCACCAUGUCUUAGAGAAUUGGUAGAAACAUGUUUUUGCUCAUUGGUUGUUUUUAUCCUAAAACCUGAUUGUCAGCUGGCUUUUUUUUUUCUUCUUUUUCUGCCUUUUAACUCCAAACUUUGCUGGGAAUGCACCUGUGCGCUGCACAAGUGUUGUAAAAGACACACAAACCUCCUUCAGGUGUCACUUUAUUAAAGAUGUGACUUCUAUUCUCUGAGCACAGGUCAGCUGUGAUGUGGUAGACUAGGCAUCGCACACCUCUUUCCACCCGUUCUACUAGCUUAGAUCUUUCUAGGAAUUGUGUGGGUGUGUGAGCGCUGAUUGCUGUGUUGACAACUCUUUGUGGCUGCUAUUAGUUCUGUUACACCUGUUGGGGCAGGUAGCCUAUUUCAUCAGUAAACAUGUAGGUCCUUAGAAUUUCAUAAAUUCUCAGUAGUUCCACCCAGUUUCAUCCUGAGCAGAGGACUAAGCAUAGUUGCAGCAAAAAAACCCCAAAGGCAGCUCACACCUAACUGAAUGAUGUGUCACUCUGAAUAUUCCUUCCAGAAGAAAUUAUGUAGAGACAUUAUUAUUAUUAACAAAUAAACACAUUUCCAUUGACCUCCUCUUAUCAUGGCUGUCACUCAUGCAGUGAUACCAAGAGCUGUUUUCAGGUGUUGUGGCUGAAGAGUGAGCCCAUACAGUGUAACAUGUGGCCACAUCUCUUGCAGUUCUAAAUGUUAUGGGUGUGUCUAAGCAAGCAUGAGCAACAGGAUAAACAGGCUGUCAGUCUGUGCACACCCAUGCAGCUCAGAGGAAGAGGUUUCAUUUUAUAAAACAGGUAUGAGCACCGUAUCCUUGCUGAGACUCUGCCAUGGAAGAGACCGCUGAUGUUAAACUUUUCAACCCUAUAUUCAGCGUUUGUGAAACCAGCCCCAGCUCCUCUGACUGUAGAUUUGUGCUCACUGAGACUGUACUGGCUCACAGAUUUGUGUUUGCUGGUGAGUUACAGCACUGUAGGAACACACAGCAUGAAUUAUUGAUUUCUACACUCCAUUCUUUUACAUCAUAGACUGUUAUUGCAUCUUAUCACUAUCAGAAUGCCUUUUACGGCCACUAGAUGGCUACUUGGUUUUUAAACAUAUAUAUCCUGUACUUUCUGGGUCCUGCACUUAAUGGUAAGUUGAUGCAACGACCCAACAUAGCUGACUUUAUCUUCCAUCUAUAGUAGUAAUGUACAUUAAAGUGUGAAAGGUGUGAGCUUUGCUCGAAAGGCUAAUGUGCCAUGUUUUCUGUUUGAAGUGAAAGUCUGCCAUAGCUUUGUGUGUCUCAGCUUUCUGAUCACUUAUGCCUCCAUUAGAUGAUGCCAGCAUAGUGUGUGAGCUGAUGCUGUAUGCCACUAAUGCAUGAAGCCCAAAGUGAAAUGCCAUAAUUAAGGGGUUUUAAUCCUGUAACUCUUUAUGCCACAGCCAUUAAACUGUUAUUGGAUUUGCUUGAUAAAUGACCUGUACUGCAUUUGGAAUAAAAACAUCAUGUUAAAUA